CGGUGUGAGCGCGAAGCGGCGGGUUUGCGUGGCGCUAGUCGGCGUUCAGCGGAGGACAGGCGGAAGGAUAUAUGAGAGCUUUGUAAAUAUCGGCGGCGGCGGAGGCGAAGCGGCAGAGUGGCGGGUUUCUACGGCGGCAGGAGUAGCUUUUUUUUUUUUUCCUCUCCCCCCUCCUGUUCUGUCAAAAAUGGCCGAAAUGUCGAUGGAUUUUAACCACGUUUCCGUCGUAUUUUGCCCGUGAGAAGGGCGUGUGAUCCCGCUGUUGUUGUUGUUGUUUUUUUAAGCGAAUAUUUUUCCAGGUGUGUUUUCGAUUUUCGGGGAGAAGAAGUCGGCAGCACUAUGCUGCUCUCUAAACUGGGCUCCUUGUCGCACAGCGUGGAUCUGCCGGCGAAGCUCCAGCUGCAGCAAGCCAAAGCGGAGAAGCAGCCGUUUGAGAAACUGUACCGGCUGGACUCGGUGCUCGGCAACGGAGGAUUCGGCACCGUCUACUCGGCAGUCCGCCUGGCCGACGGCCUGCCGGUGGCGGUAAAGCAUGUGUGCAGGGACAGAGUGACUGACUGGGGCACUCUGUGCGGCGCAGUGGUACCUCUGGAGAUCGUGCUGUUGAAGAAGGUGGGCGGGGCGUUCGGCGGUGUGGUGCGGCUGUUGGACUGGUGGGAGCAGGCAGACGGCUGGUUGAUGGUGAUGGAGCGUCCCGAGCUGGCUCAGGACCUGUUUGAUUACAUCACGGAGCGCGGCGCGCUGGACGAGGCGGCGGCACGCGGCUUCUUCCUGCAGGUGCUGGAGGCGGUGCGUCACUGCUACACCUGCAACGUCGUCCACCGAGACAUCAAGGACGAGAACCUGCUGGUGGACCUGAGGACCGGACAGAUCAAACUGAUCGACUUCGGCUCAGGGGCCCUCCUCAAAGACACUGCCUACACGGACUUCGAUGGUACGCGGGUGUACAGUCCUCCAGAGUGGAUCCGGUUCCGUCGGUACCACGGUCGCUCGGCCACUGUCUGGUCGCUCGGUGUGCUGCUGUACGACAUGGUGUGCGGGGACAUCCCCUUCGAACAGGAUGAGGAGAUCCUGAGAGGACAGAUCUACUUCAGACGCAAAAUCUCCACAGAGUGCCAGCAGCUGAUUGGCUGGUGUCUGAGCCAGCAGCCGUCUAACCGGCCGACCCUGGAGCAGAUCCUCCUCCACCCCUGGGUGACCGGCAGCGACAGUCAGCAGACAGACGAUGGCAGCAUCACGCUUCACGCCAUUACAGCUGACGACUCCUCUUCCUCCUCCUCUUCCUCCUCCUCCACCUCCUCCUCCUCAUCUUCCUCCUCAAACCAGCAGAGCCUCUGAUUUUCCGCAUGAUCAUGGGGUUGUAGCUCCAAGGAAGUGUUUUCUGGUGACGGAGCAAGUUGUGGUCACAGUUACAGGAUGCAGUUGAUUCUGUGUGCCCCCCCCCCCACACACACACACACACAGACACACACACAGACAGACUAUGGAGCAGCUCUUAUAGAUCCUCAACACCUGUUUUCCAUCCAGUGUUGCUGUUUGAGUGCCUUGACUUUAAAAGCUGCUGAGGGUGGAGUAACGCCGUGGUAAGGGGUGGAGGGUUCUUCAGAUGUUCCACAGAAUCCUCGUGGUUCAAAAUAUAAAUGUACUCAUUGGCUGAGUUCAGCUCCAUAGCAACCAUGUGGGGUCAGAUCAGUGCAGCAGAACAAAGGUGAACACCCCUGAAAUGUUACAAUCCUCUAUAGGGCUCCAACUACAUAUAUUCCACUAUAAAUGAACCUGUUCAUUAUUUUGUCCAUUGAUUGUUUGGUCUAUAAAAUGUCAGAAAACAGUGAAAAUGUUCAUCCCACUGCUUAGAGUCCAAGAUCAAGAGUCAAAAUCCCAAACUUAUUAGGGUUACGGUGAUUAUAGGACAGAGAAAAGCAUCGACUAAUUGUUUCAGCCCUAAUUGUCUGUGUUGCAUCUUAACUAUUCAACCCCAUCUCCCCCCAGAGCAGGAUCAACCAGCUUUGAGUGUGACAAGCUAUGGCGAGCAGCUGGUUAGCUUAGCUUAGCUUAGUUUAGCCCAAAGACUGGAAACGGGGAAAGGGCCUGGCUUUGACCGAAAGUAACAAAAUCCACUCAACAUCGCCUCUAAAGCUCACCAAUUAACACGUUACAUCUUGCUUGUUUAAAAUCUGCAAAAAACAAACUUUCAAAAUGACAGUUUGUAGUUUUACAGGGAGUUAUGUGUCGGACUAUUACUUGGCUCUGAGCCGUUACAAGGCAGGUUACAGGCCCUGAACAGGAAGUUGUGUGGCUCAUAACCUCCCGUAAAAAUGGCAGAGAGUUGCUUUUAUGGUUUUAUGGGCUAAGCAAACAAGAUACCAUGUGUUAAUCAGUGAGCUUUAGAGGAACUCGUAGACAGAUUUUGUUACCUUGAGACCGAGGCGGGCUAGCUGUUUCCAGUCUUCGUGCUAAGCUAACCAGCUGCUGCUGGUAGCGUCACACUUGGCGUACAGGCGGGAGUGCGGCAUCAGUUUUCUCUUUCAAGAAAGCGAAUAAGUACAUUUCCCCAAAUCUCUUAACUUUUUCAUAAGUUUUCAAAGAACAUUUUCCGUCCACUCGCAAAACGCACCCCACACACCUUGUAAUGUGAGCACUGAGGCGGCGAAGGAUCCUCACCUGCUGAUGUGGUGGAAUACUUGAAAACACAACACUUAUUAUCUCACACACACACACACACACACACGCUCCUCUAGACGGCUGAGACUGGUUCGGGACACCACAACUGAGUCUCAGUUCUGAUACCAAAACGUGGCUUUUUAAUACUUUUAUUUCCUUCAUGUCACAUUUUUCUCAACCUUCAGUUUUCACUCUUGUCUGAACACAAACAGGCGAGAACUCUUCCUGACUGAAAUCCAGGCUAAAAUGGACACAAUUAUGAUUUGUCCGACAUUUUCAGAUUUAAUAAGUAGUAAAUCUGACCCAGCCUUCACUGUGGACUUUAAGAAGUGACAGUGCCGACAUCCUGCCGCUCCUCAGUUUAGCUUCAAACUCGAAAAGGAGGCAUAACUUCAUCUCUAGUUGGUGGUUUUGUCAUUUAUUUUCUCAGUUUCCUCGGGUUCGGUAUUUGAAAUUUUUUGGAUGGUGGUGUCAGUACGAUACAUUUCGAUGUUGACACCACAACAGUUUUUCUAUGAAACAGUUUUUGUUUUUUGCAUUAGUUCUGAAAAACGUUCUGAGGUUCCAUGGUCAGUACCGUCUUUUUUUUUUUUUCUCAUUCAUUUUUAAUGUCUCCCUCUCACAGGAAAUGCUCGCACUCAGCUGUAUCCUCAGUUUGUCUGAAAUUUUGUUUGCAAACAUUAUUUUCUCCAUCUUCUCUUUUAACCCUCAAUCUUGGGGUGUAAAAUGCACAAUCAAUGCAAAUACUCUGUUUUGUAUUUUGAAUAUACUGUAUAAUUUUGUGUUUUAUAUGCAUAUUUUGUACAUGGAGCGUGUUUUUAUUUAUUUACUGAGACAUUCCUCAUCCUGUGUUUAUUUAUCUUCUGUUGAACCUUUUAUUAAAUUUUUCUCAUAUAUAUAAAUAUAUAUAUAUAUUUUUUUUUUUCUUUUUUUCCUGUGAGCUAAGACAAGGACAAAGUCAGGUUCAGGUUUUGAGUUUUCUCACAUCAGGUUUAAGUUUUAACUAAUUUCUCAAAUUCUCAUUGCAUGUGUUAGUUUUUUUUUACAUGUUUUGAAUGUAAAGUUCUGACAGGAAAAAGUAUUUUUUCAUGGAAAUUUUUCAAAUUAAACCUUUUGUAUAUAAACUUAUUUUCUGUGUGACGUGUUGGCUCUUUUCAGACUAACUUUUCGUUGUACCAACCACAUUACCUAAAAAAAAUAACCUCAGAUUUACAUCGGUGUCUUAAUUAAUGUCGAAUCUCCUUGAGGGAGUCUCUGAUACAAGAGGGAAACAUUAUAUUUACAUUAUUUUAAGACCUUAAUGUUGUCAUUGUAAUAA